UCAAAGCUUCGGAUUCAAUGCAGCCGCAGCUUUUGUCGCUGCCUGGCCAUAACCUCGGCUUGGUUUGCUCGCCAGUCGUCUCCGCUCGCUGCACUCGCAGCGCUCGCAGCGCUGGCGCCCGCCCAGACGUCGGCGGCUCCGGCAGCUUCGUCGCAGCGUGGCCGUGGGUGACUGCAUGCGUGGCCGCGGCGCAAUGCUGCUCGCGGCUGACGCGGCAGGCCCAGGCGGAUUCGGCACUGCGCAAGGCACGUGUGCAAUCGCGGGGGAGGAAGGGCCUGGGUGUGGUGGCAACAGAGCCCUUAGAGCGAGGGGAGCUGAUUUUGGAGGAGGCGCCUUUGCUGACCUUCCAGGACCAAUCCUUUGACGUCCUUUUUGGCGAUUUGCAGGAGAUCCUGGCCGAUGACAGGGCCUUCGAACACUGGGAUGAAAGCCUCAAGCAAAGCGUGCAGUCAAAUUUCAGUGAGGAGUCCGCUUCCAAAUUCUGGGAUUUGGCUGAUACAUGUGGCGAAGAAAAGACGGCUCUUGGAAUUGCCCGGACCAAUGCCCUAGGACUCACGGACGAGUCCGCUGGACUCUUCCUGAACUUAUCAAGGUUCAACCAUAGUUGUAGACCAAAUGUGCACCACAGCUGGCAAGAAGAUAGAGGAAUUCAAGUUCUGAAAGCAGUCCGUGACAUCCCUCAAGGCGAAGAGCUUUGCAUCUCCUACCUCUCGUUCCUCACCUUGUGCGCGCCAAGACGCGAGCGCCUGGGUGAGCUCAGCGACCGCUUUGGCUUCGACUGCGAAUGCGAGGCGUGCGCGCGCUCCUCUGCCAACAGCGACUGGCAACGCGAGAGGCUGUCGCAGCUUUGUGCUGCCUUCGCUGAAGAGAAGGCCGAGGACGAGGUCAAGGAGGGAAUUGAGGGCGAGGGCGAGGAGGGAAGCAGCGAGGGCGAGGAGGGAAGCGAGCGCAAGGGCGAGCGCGACGCCAUUUGGCUAAACUUGCGGAGGCGCAUGCCGCUGUUCUUCGAAGUGCAGGCGGAGGAGCUCACGCGCCUCAGCCAGGAGUUGGAGAGGCCGGCGUCGGCCGCCGAGACCGUGGUGGAGCGGCUGGAGCUGAAGGAGGCGCUGCGGGAGACGGUGGCGCUGGUGGACGCGGAGCUGAACGGCAGCCCCGCCGCCAAGGCGCUCGUCUUCUUCGGGGCCUUCCGCCACGCCUGCCAGGCGGGGCGCGGAGGCGCGGCCAAGUCCUUGGUGCGGGCGGCCUGGCGCCAGGCGGUGCUGGCGGAGGGCGGCGACGCCUGGCGCGCCCGGCGGUUGGCGAUCCUCGGCGAGCGGGCGAACGCCCAGCGGGCCCUGUCAAAAUGUUUCGAACCGUAG